CACACCACGCCGUCAAACCUAUCCAGAGCAGCAGAGAGGCGAGAAGCACACACGCCCCUGCGAACACCACCGGAAAAGGAGUUCUGUCUGUGCUGCCUGGGAAAGCAUCCUGAAUGAGCGAGUGGAUGGUCCCUGACAUCAGCGUGGCGGGGCCCCUGCAGGUUCCCCCCGGCGAUGGCUUCCCGCUCUCCGAGAGCUCACACUUCUUUGAUUUACUGGCGGAUCAGGGUAACCCACUGCUCCAGGACCAGGAGGUACUACCCUUCAGCAGCUAUCCCAGCAUGCAGUUCUCCCCCAUGGAGACGCCCAUGGCCUCACCACCAUUCUUCUCCAGUCAGAACAGCUAUGCCCCCUGCAGUGAGGAGUGGUACGGCUCCCCUGGGAUGUAUGAACUGAGGAGAGUGCCCACAGAGAACAGCUAUGACACAGACAUAGAGGAAGUCUCUGUGCCAAUGGGAAAGAGGCCCAGACUGGGACCACACCCUGGGAGGGUGAAAGGGGAGGAGCUAUGCGUAGUGUGUGGCGAUAAGGCCUCUGGAUACCAUUACAAUGCCCUGACCUGCGAGGGAUGCAAAGGGUUCUUCAGGAGGAGCAUCACUAAGAACGCAGUGUACAAGUGCAAGAGCGGGGGCAACUGCGAGAUGGACAUGUACAUGCGCAGGAAGUGCCAGGAGUGCCGGCUCAGGAAGUGCCGAGAGAUGGGCAUGCUGGCCGAGUGCCUGCUCACUGAGAUCCAGUGCAAGUCCAAGCGGCUGCGUAAGAACAGCAAGGCCUCAGCGGAGGAGUCCAUGGGGGAGGAGGCAGAGGGGGGAGACGGCGGAGACGCCAAGCAAGUCACCUCCACCACCCAGCUGGCCAAGGAGAAAGUGGAGUUCAGCCCAGACCAGCUCACCCUCCUAAACUAUAUCCUAGAUGCUUACAAUAAGCACCGCAUUCCCCAGGACAUGGCCAAACAGCUGCUUCAGGAGAAGUUCAGCGCAGAAGAAAACUUCCUUCUGCUAACAGAAAUGGCCACUAGCCACGUACAAGUUUUGGUGGAGUUCACCAAAAACAUUCCAGGGUUCCAGGCCCUGGACCAUGAAGACCAGAUCGCUCUGCUGAAGGGCUCGGCGGUGGAGGCCAUGUUCCUGCGCUCGGCACAGGUGUUCACCAGGAAGCGUCCCCACGGACACAGCGAGGUGCUGGAGGACAGGAUACGAAAAAGCGGGAUCUCUGAGGAAUACAUCACCCCCAUGUUUAACUUCUAUAAAAGCAUCGGAGGGCUGCAGAUGAUGCAGGAGGAGCACGCCCUGCUGACCGCUGUCACCAUCCUGUCACCAGACCGGCCGUACGUGAAGGACCAGGAGGCGGUGGAGCGGCUGCAGGAGCCAGUUCUGGAGGUUCUGAGGAAAUUCUGCAAGCUGCACCACCCCCAGGAGCCCCAGCACUUCGCCCGGCUUCUGGGCCGUCUGACCGAGCUGCGAACGCUCAACCACCACCACGCCGAGAUGCUGCUCUCCUGGCGCACCAGCGACCACAAGUUCACCCCCCUGCUGUGCGAGAUCUGGGAUGUGCAGUGAGGGCCGACGCCCCAAAAACACAGCAGGCACUCACUUCCCAAUCCCAGUUUACACCCGAAACGGCUCACGGACACUGUGUUUGUACUCGGCUCUGAACUUCAGCAGGAGAUAGUGUUUAAUUGCAGGUGACAUGCAGGAAAAACAUCUAGGAGAUCAAAACCAUGUGAAUUCACUGAAAGAGAUGCAGCCAAAGCACUCCUCCCCAGGCUUUAAGGGGAGGUCAGGAUAUGAAACACAGAAUGGGAUCUACUGCCCCUCUCAGCACCAGUGAGGGCUCCACGCCAGAGGACCAGCCUGAUGGUACUGGGCUUGACCGAGUCCUUCUCCCUGCCUGGAGCAGGACUCACCCGGUGGCAGCGCUCUGAGGAUGGGCUCUUUCCCUUCACUGCAAUAAAGCUUUUUUCCUGAUCAAACCUAUUCUCUCUCCUUUCAACACAGUCUGAUGAAACGAUCAUGAGUUGAAAUAUAUGUGCACGUUUAGAAGUGGUCAAACUGAAGACUGGUGAAAAAACAGUAUAAUUGGACUUCAGCAUUUUUGGCCUUUAAAUUAUAAGCACUUUUUUUCUUUUGCUUUAAAAGGCUGACCAGAAAACCCAUCUAACAUUUUUUAAUAAAAAACCUCUCUGCUCUACAU